GCAAGACGGACUGAAACAGUUAACCGGAGUUUACGUGACAGCUCAGAGCGACAUUCUUAUCUACCAUACCUUUAUUUAGCAAUAACAUACGUCAGUUUGUUUCAGUAGUGUGAACGUUUUUGUUGUUUACGUUAUAUAGUAAAACAUAUAUAAUUUAAAAGAAGAAGAAAAGCUAUUGGAAGAAGGAUUGAGUUCUUCAAAGAAGUAUUUUAACACAAUUACCGUGAUGGACGGACAAUUAAGGAUCGCCUUUUUCUUAUCAGCUUUGUUGUUAACGCUUACGACUGCACAAACGGAAUCUCCGGAAGAGAUAAACGGUGGUGAGGCGCUGGAUGGCGGCGGCGGCAGAGGGGCCGGUCAGAUUUUGGAACUUCCAUUAUCAAGAGGCGGCGAUAGCGAAAUACCGACGAAUCAAAGGACGCCGUCUCUACUACAGGACAUGCUGUCAUUUGCCCAGAGGGCGACGGCAAGCGAUAUGAUCAACCAACAAAGGGUCGCCGACACCGUUGGACCUAUACAGGAUAGGCCUGUGCUCUUAUCUGAUUUCGUACAGUUUGCCACCAGAGCUUUAGCCCGAGGUGGUGCGUCAGAAGGGCCAAGUGUAUUACCGACAAACGAACAGCCGACGGACCAGACGCCACCGGUGUUGUUGACUGACCUCGUUCAGUUUGUUCAAAGCUCCAUGACAACGAAUCAAAACGAUGCGAAUUUCGCGCCCGCGGAGGCUUCGAAUUCUGGAUCGACGUUAGGUACGGAACCUGUGCUUUUGGCCGACUUAGUCAAGUUUGUGACGGACGCCAAGAAGGCUUCGAUGGCUCCUGGCAAACCUUCUCCUGCUAACAGCAUGGCACAUUCGGCGAACGACGCAACGACACCUGAAAAGACCACCAUUGUUAACGCCGAUCCCUUCGACCCCGAAAAUAUGCCAGUGGAGAAGUUCCAAAACUGGCUCAACAAUAUAAAACCUGAAACGAACAAUAUAACAGCGGGCAUUAAGACCCAGACACCGGACAUGCACGUCGCGCACACAAUGACAUCACCGGACGUGUUUUGGACAAGAAACAUGGUCAUCGUCGUCGCUGUGGUGGGAAGCACGACGCUCCUAUGCAUCGCUUUGUUGACUCUCGUCUGCUGUAUGAGACGCCGAAGUGGCCUCUCCAGGAAAGAACGCGAUCUGAUGGAUAAGACUUUCAACUCGAGGCAAUUGAACGCGUUCGCGACGAUCGGGAGCAAGAACAUGGACCUUUUCAUGGGCAUUCCCGCAAAUAACGAGAUCUGGCGCGAUUUGCAAACACUUCCAAAGUCUUCAUCAGACUCUAGCGUAGCUUCCCAGUGAGCUUAAACGACCACGUGACAUCCCGGAAGUUGCAAACGGACGCCCGCCGUGUGAAAAUAUGUAUGUGGUAACGCUUCAAGAUUUUAAACAAGGAGAAACCACAUUCUUGAUGCCUGUCAGCCAAACAAAGGCUACCGAAUGUACUCAUUUGAAUAAGUGUAAGUGUGAUGGAUAAAUGAGACAACGAGGUUACAUAUCACAUUAUUUUCCAUUCGUUUCGCGCUGCAUGAACAAUCACUGAGAGCGAAGUGUGACAUACGCGGAUUUAAUUGAACGGCCUACCAACUUACAUGUUGAUUUGUUUAAGCUUCCAUGAACUGGUCCUGAUUCCUAAAAUAAUUAUGUAGUCAGUUAUAAGAAUAAAUCGCUUCAGUCGCUUCUUUGAAUUGACGCAUAAUACUAUUUCAAAUUGAUAAGAGAUGUCUUGCAUAAAAUAGUGCAUAUGUUGUUUGUUUCUCAUAUGAUUUUCAUUUUAAGCUUAUAUUAUGUUUGCAAUAGUAACUUGAACACAAUUAUUAUAUUAACCCAUUUAUGCCUAGCGUUCAGAAAAAAAGGCCUUUAAAAACAGCGUAGACCCAGAUGAGACGCCGCAUGAUGCGGCGUCUCAUCAGGGUCUGCGCUGUUUGCUUAAAGGAAUUUCUGUAAGAAAUAUUAUAAAUAUAGAAAUAAAUAUACUAGACAUCCCUAAUCUUGGAAAUAAAUUGAUUCAAUUUAAAAGGAUUGGAGAGUCCACAAGGCAUUUAUCGGUUAAUCAAGUUAUCUGAAAUGUAGAAGUCCUCUCCUGGUUGUUAACAUGUCAUCCAUUCCCAUAACUUAGGAACACACUGUCUGGUUAACGAAGGAUACAGCGAAAUGGUUCAAAUUACUGGCAAAAUAACAACGGAUCCUGUGAUUGCUGUUGAAUUAAUCAUAUAAUUAAUUUAAAUUCAAGCCUCAUAGAAGCCUUUCGAUGCGUGAGUUUUCAUUUAGUAUAAAAAUAGUCUGCGUCUAGUUAAAUAUUUACACUAAUUAAUAUCGUUUUCAAAGAGUGCGCAGCAAACAUUCUAUGAACUAAGGAAUAUUGUACAGGUGUAUUCAUUAUUUAACUGUGUAUAAGAGAAAAAUGUCAGUGACGCUAAUAUUUCAUUAGUAAACACAUAGAGCACUUGUUUGACAUUAUAAAUGCUGCAUCAAACUUCUCAUUUGUUUGAUAUUUAUUAAUUGUAUGACUGUUUAUCUGUCGAAAUUUCGAAAUGACGCAAUAGUUGUCCUGUUUGAAUGGUUAAAAUGUUUAUCUGACGUCCAAACGAGGUAACGAUUACGUGAGCUAGAUAACGUCAAAAAACGUGUAUUCACUACGACAGUCUCAACCGAUAACUGAUCGGUUAUUACCAGGUGUCGGUAUUGAUAAUUUAUGACAUCAUUAGAAUGCAGUAGUGCGGUCGUAUUUAACCGUGCUUAAUGUUUUACAUAUUAAUUUUGCCACAUGCAAAUUUCAUGUCUCGGAAGUCAAAAUUGUUGUUUACUAUAUGUGUUCGUUGGCACGUCGACUGCCAUGCAAUAUAAAUUGAUUUCAUUGAUUUGCUAUUUUUAUUAUAUUGGUUACUAUUAUUUUGAAUUAAAUAAAUGUUGAUUCUUUUGUAAGCGAAUUUUUUUUAAUAUUUGUAUACGAUAGCUUUGAAUUUUCAUUAAAAUGCAUGCUUUUUAUAACGAUUGAUCUUUUUGCACCAAUCUUGCGAUGAGUUAUUUUUUUUAAUUGCAGUUUUUAAUGUGUUUUUAUUGUUUUAGUUCUACGUUGUGCUUUAAUGAUUACGAUGAUUAAAGUUGUAUUUUUA